AUGAGCCGGAUCACUUUGAAAGUGUAUCCAAUCGCAACUGUGCAAGGAGGUUUGAACAGAAGUGAAGUGAACAGAAUCAGCUUUGCAACUUGUAAUUCGUGUCCAAGAAAAAUUUUGAAUCCAAUGCAACUUCAUACUAGAUGCAAAGUUUGUUCCAGCGCAAAUUCAUCUUUGUUUGUAAAUAAUAAUAUGGAUCCAGGUUCAGUGCCAUUUGAGCUUGCAUGUUUAACAAAUGUUGAAGAGCUUUUAAUCGCUCGCAUCCAUCCUGUUAUCUGUUACUUCAAGAUAAGAGGUGGUCAAACGGGUUAUAAAGACAAUGUAAUAAACUUUCGUCAAGAUAUUACUGGUCUUUGUGAUACUUUGUUACCAACUGAUAAUGAACUCCGAACUAUUUUCAUUGGAACAAAUCAUCGUUAUUACCAUGACAUCAAUAUAAAUGAAAGAAGAUUAAGCCAACUUGAAAAUGAACCUAAUCUUGAACACUUACUUGAGAAUGUUGUCAAUGCUGAGCCACAAAGCGGUGAUGAAUAUGAUGACCAUUUGAAUGAGUCUUUUUAUCCACAUUUACCUAAUAUUGACCAAGAAGAAGCUAUAAGGCGUAGAUUGAACGAAGAUGAAGUUUUAAGAUGGCCAAUGCAAGAAAAUCAGCCAAUCAAUGAAUUUGACACUGAAGGGUAUAUAGCACAAGCUUUUCCAACUUUAUUUCCUUUCGGUAGAGCUGAUUUGAAUCAAGAGCGAAAUAGACGAAUAAAGCCAAAUGAUUACUUCAAAUAUCUCAUGGAGUAUAACGAUGUUGAUGAGGUCCUACAAAGAAUUGAAGAAGAACCACGAUUACAGUCAUCCCUCAUGGUUUAUGCAUCACAGCUAAGAUCAACCACACCAUAUUGGAAAGCACGAUGCGGUGAACUUUUAGAUAUGGUUACUCAGCUAGGAAGUCCUACAGUCUUUUUCACAUUAUCCGCAGCUGAUUAUCAUUGGAACAAGCUUUUCCAACUGAUUUCACCUAAUCUUGAUGUCAAUAAUAUAGAUGAUAAUGCUAGAAGACGGUUAAUACACGAGAACCCAAUGAUCACUGCUGAGUUUUUCAAAAGACGAGUGGAGAUUUUUAGAAAAACAUUUUUGAAACCAGUUUUCAGAGUGAACGACUUUUGGAUGAGAUACGAAUGGCAAUUCAGGGGUAGUCCUCAUGUGCAUGGGUUACUUUGGCUUGAUAAUGCUCCUAGCCUUACAUCUAUUGCGACUAUGACAGAGGCCGAAAAGAAUGUUGCAUUAGCCUUUUGUGAUGGCUUGACUAAAGCUUGGAAUCCCGAUUCCUCUGUAAGACCAGCCAAUGGGGAUCAUCCUUGCAGAAAGAUUUUUUCUGAAAUUGAAAAUCUUGAAGAGGAUUUGGCUCUCAUAUUGAACACAGUGCAGAGACAUACAAGAUGUGGCCAGCAUUGCAUUCGAAAAGUUAGAAACUCAAAUCUGUAUGCUUGUCGCUUCAAAUUUCCCCAACCUUUGUGUGAAGAAAGUACUUUUGUUGAAGAAAACGGUGCCAUUGUUUUUCUUCCAAAGCGUAAUGAUCCAUUACUCAACCGCUACAACAAGCUUAUCACUCAAACUUGGCGUGCCAACGUUGACAUAGCAAUUGUGACGAGCAUUGAAGCAAUUUUGAAUUACAUUGCUAAAUAUGUUUCUAAAGGAGAAGUUGCUUCAACUAAUUUUUCGGAGCUUAUUGCAAGAAUUGCUGAUUUAUAUCAGGCAAAUGACAAUGGAACUGUAAUCAUCCGUAAAUUAUUGCAAGCGUCAUUAACUGGUCGUGAUUACUCUGCACAAGAAGUUUGCCAUGUCUUAAUGGGAUGGCCAAUUUUUGAGCGCACUCGUACCUUCGUUGUAUUGAACUUGAAUGAAAACCAAUGGGUACCAAUUGAUGCAGCCAACUUGCAUUUAAAUAAUAUGAUAACUCGCUACAGGACCAGAGCUCGAUCUUUAAAUGUUACUUUGUUUGAUUUCUAUAAAAACUUUAAAAUUGAAAGAAAUGAAGUCAAGCGUCGGCAAAAAAGCACAAUAGUCAGAGUUUUCCCAAGACUUAAGAAUUCAGUUGAUGCAGAAAUGCAAGAAUCUUUUUAUAAACAACAACUUACACUACAUAUCCCUUGGUGGCAUGCUCCAGACACUCUUCUACAAAGACCAAAUGAGGCACCUUUUGAAACUUGGGCAGAAGCUUAUGUGUUUUAUAAUAUGAUUCUGGAUGAAGAACUGCCUCUCAAUGAAAAUGAUGACGAGUUUGAAGCGAUUGAGCCAAGAAACGAGAACGAAUUGAAUUUAGAAAUGGCUUUAGCUCGAAUUAGACAAGAUUGGAACGUAGAAAGGCCACUUGGUGAAAGAAUCAUUGAUUUUGAGAUCAACUGGGCUAGAGAAAGAGAGUUUGAUUAUAGUCUGCCGAGAAUACGAAAUUUUCUCACGAAUUUCAGAGAACAACCACUGAACAAUGAUGAGCAGCAACUACCUCAAUUCAAUCCAUCAAAUGAACAGCUAGAAAUCUAUCAGCUUUGUUGUGCUCAAAUAAGUGAAAUCGUUGAUGAAGUUGAGCCUCAGAUAAGUAGAACACUCAUUCAAGGAAAAGCAGGGACUGGUAAAAGUUUUUUAAUAAAUAGAAUGGUGCACACUAUAAGAUCCAGAUUAGGAGAUGACGCUGUGAAAGUAUUGGCUCCUACUGGAGUUGCUGCAACAAACAUCAGCGGCUCUACAAUCCAUUCCUUCUUGAAGAUACCUAUUUUUGCUAGGUUUCAACCUUUGAGUGGUAAUGCGCAACGGCAAUUCCAAUUGCAAAUGGAACCGGUAAAAUUCUUGAUUUUCGACGAGUACUCUAUGAUCGGACUCGACGCUUGGAGAAAAAUUGAGCAACGCUGUAGAGAAGCAUAUCCAUUAGUUGAUAGCCCUUUUGGUGGCUUACGAGUAUACUUUUUUGGUGAUUUACAGCAACUUCCUCCGGUUAAAGAUGCUCCGAUUUUCAAAUACAAUACACCAAGACAAGAACAUUCACUUGGUAAAAUUGCGUUUCAAACGAUCCAGAGAUUUUGUAAAAUGACUACAUCUCUGAGACAAAACUCGCCACAACAACUAGCUUUUAGAGAUUUGCUAGAUGCACUUGCAUUAGGAGAGAUGAAUGAAGAAAAUUAUAAUUUACUCACCACUCGAUUGAUGUCGCGCCUGCAGCCAGAUGAAAGAAAUAUUUUUAGAGCCACAACCCACCUUUUUCCUACCAAUGCUGAUGUUUUUCUCCAUAACCAGAAACAUUUAGCAGCUACUGGUUAUCCCGUAGUCAAAUUUGAUGCUGAGCAUAACAAUGCUUUGGCUGCGGUUGCUCUUCUUGAGAAAGCAUCUGUACUCUCUGCUUCACUUUGCUUAUCAAUCAAUGCCAAAGUGAUGUUGAGGAAAAAUCUUUGGGUUGCAGGUGGUCUGGUCAAUGGAUCAUUAGGUCAUGUAACGGACAUCAUUUAUGAUGAAGGUAGAGGUGCUCCUUCCUUGCCAAGAGUCAUCAUGGUUAAGUUUGAUAGUUACCUCGGCUCUAAUUAUGAUGACGGAAGUUUUCCUAUUUUGCCAAUCGAAGCUUCUUGGAGUGAUGGACACAAUGAUUGUACACGAAAGCAAUUCCCUUUGGUUCUUGCAUAUGCAAUGACCAUCCACAAAGCACAAGGGUUAACUCUUGAUAAAGCUGUUGUACAUCUAGGUACAAAAGAAACAGUGGCUGGCCUUUCAUAUGUAGCACUGAGCUGA